CCAUUGAAUUAUUGGAUCAAAUUCUAGACAUCAAUUGUUAUUACUCAAUAUUCACCACUCAAUAUACAAUACUCAAUACUCAAUACUAGAUUAAAAGCAUGAUCCAAUGGCUUAUGUAGACUUAUGCAUGGUUCAAUACUCAAUACUAGAUUAAAAGCAUGAUCCAAUGGCUUAUGUAGACUUAUGCAUGGUGCAUAAGUAAAAUCCUUAUGCAUAUUAGGCAAAGCCCUUCAACUCCAUGAACACUAUCAAAGAAGCCUCGGUCCCAUCAAGACAUCAGAGUUUUGAUUCUCUUAUGAUAGUUAAUUUGAAAUUUAUGGCCAUACACCAGUACAUAAUACUUUUAUUUUUAUCUUUAUGUAAAGAAAGGCUUGUUUUAGUCAAUUCCUACUACCAUUACCCAUUUCUUAAAUUUAUAUAGUUUUUGGUCUGUUUCCUCGAAGUUCAUUAGAAAUAACAGGAUAGCUUCCUAAAGAAAACAGAAAAUUGUUCACAUCUCAGUAUAUAUGUCUCUAUGAAAGGAGUUUCAACUCUUAACUCACUUAAGAGAGAACAUGAAGCAUGUUAUCAUCCAAAUUCAGAGAUGGUUGAUGCAUAUAAAGGUAUGGAGAGUUGUGGGCUUCACUUCAGCGGUUGUUGGAUUGGUUUGUUAUGCUCUCAGUUCUUCCUUCAACCAUCUAUUUGGAAAUUGGAAUUUAUGUAAGAUAUUUCUUUACACCGUUUUCAGUAUCAUCAUCUGCUUCCUGAUUUUAUUUGCAAUGAUAUGUAACAACUUCAGAAAUCUCAGGUUCAAAGUUCAAUUCGCUUUUUUGGUUUUAACCCUCACCUCAGUGUAUUCCUUUUUUUCUGAUAAAAUGAUGAAUGGGAAACCCGAUGUGUAUAGUAUCAUUUCAAAUGCUGCCUUUGCUAUCAUGUCACUCAGUUUGUCGCGGCAAACUCAGUGCGGAUUCGAAGUGGAUCUUCUUUACUUUUUUCUUGGAUGUUUAAUUGUCCAACUGAUGAAGAUUAAAUUACAGUUAUUCAUUGUAGGUGCUGGCUUCAGCUAUUCCCUUAUUAUUAUUCGUUCUUCUUUUCCUUCUGUUUCCGUAGAUGUAGCAUCGGGUAAUGAGCACCCUGGACUCCAAGAUGAACAUUCGGUAGUUGUUGACAUCUUUUCUCAACAAUUGGUAUGCACUGAUAUCGCUAGUAGCAUGAUGGAACAACUAAGGACUUGUGUGAAAGCGAUUCAACAGGAAAAUCUUAAUGUCAUCAAUAGUCUUUUGGAGCAGAAAAUAGAAUUCUUUGACAAUGCAUCUGAACUGAUGUUGUCUGAACAGAGUUCGGAAGGAGUGGUCAUGUUGGAAUUGCUCUUGCCGGAAAGUGAAACUAUCAAUAAUCUUCAAGAUAUAGUGAAGUUAAUGGUGAGCGCUGGUUUUGAAAAGGAGUGCGCUAAUGUGUACGGUAGUUGCAUGAGGGAAUGCUUGGAGGAGUGCCUAAUAAAUCAAUUAUUAGGUUUGGAGAAUCGUACUAUCGAAGAUGUUAACAUGAUUCCGUGGAAGGAUCUCAAAGACCCAAUUAGAAGAUGGAUUAAGACUUCUAAGGUUGCUCUCAAUAUAUUGUUCCCCACUGAGCGGCAACUAUGCGAUCUUGUUUUUCUCGGAUUCUCCACAGCUUCCGAUCUCUCAUUUACAGAGAUUUGUAGGGGAUGUACUAAUCAUUUGCUGAAGUUUGCCGAUGCCGUAGCAAAAGGAAGUCGUUCGGCAGAGCAGUUGUUUAAAUACCUCGACAUGUUUGAAGCAUUACGUGACUUAAUUCCCAAGUUUGAGUCUCUAUUUAGUAACCAUUACCGUGUGUCACUGAGGAAUGAAGCAAACACAGUUUUGAAGAAUUUGGGGGAAGCAAUAGUGGGUAUUUUCAUAGAGUUGGAAAAUAGGAUUCGCAGUGAUCCAGUGAAAGCGGCAGUUCCUGGUGGCAGGCUUCACCCUGUUGUCCGUUACGUAAUGAACUACCUAGUCCUCACUUGUGACUAUUGGCACACACUGGAGCAGGUGUUUGAAGACUAUGGGCAGAUGUUGAAGGAAUAUCGCAGGCUUGACGAUCGUGCACCCCCCUCUUCCCUUUUUUCUUUGCAGAUGGUUCAGAUUUUGGAGGUACUGUACAAUAAUUUGGAAGCCAAGUCCAAAAUCUAUAAUGAACCUGCUUUGUGUUGUGUUUUCUUAAUGAAUAGCAGCAGGUACAUACUUCAGAAGACAAAAGAUAAUGAAUUAGGGAAACUUUUACCUGAUGAUGUUAUCCAAAACCACGAAGCAAAAGUUUUGUACAAUCAUGAACAAUAUCUGAAAAGCUCAUGGAGUGAGGUCCUGGGAUUUCUGAAGCUGGACGACAAUAGAGUAAUGCCUCCUACUAUGGUAAAGAAGUCGAUGAAGAAAAAGCUCAAAUCGUUCAACAUAAUGUUUGAGGAAAUAUGCAGGGCUCAGUCUUUGUGGUUUGUCUUGGAUGAACAACUUAGAGAAAUCAUAAGAGUUUCUAUUGAGAGAAACUUGUUGCCAGCGUAUGGAAACUUCAUUGGGAGGUUUGAGAGUGUUCUGGAACAUGGAAAAUUUGAUGAUGAUAAAUAUGUGAAGUAUCAAAUGGAGGAUAUUGAAUCAAGACUCAAUGAUUUGUUUCAAGGAAGCAGUGGAUCAACUAAAGCUCAAAAUUGACGAUAAAGCUGCUGCAUAAUUUUGUAUGUUUGCAUUUGUUUGUGUAACUGAAAUUAAAUAAUGAUUGUCACAAACUAUAUUACAUUAUACUCUCUCCAUAGCUCUUUUAAGAUUAGACACAUUUUUAUGGACAUGCUUAGAAAGACAUCAAAUAAUUUUUUUAGCACUUAGAAAAGUGCACUACAACUCAGACUUAUGUGGGAACAAGAUAUAUAUUCAAUCAUCAAAA